UUUUUUUCUUUGUCUGUUUUCAAAAACUCUAUUAGUCUUUUUGUUUUUCUUUUAUUUUCUACUUGUUUGAAGGGAGAAUAAAAAAGCAUGUCAUUCAGGUUUGAAACUGAACAAUGGCAGUCAGCAUGUAUUGCCUUUGACAAUGGAGAAUAUGAAACAUCCAUCAAAAUGUUUAUUAAUAUAGCAGAUAAUUCUAAAAUACACUUCAAUAUUGGACUUAUAUUCGCUAUAGCAGAUGAACAUGAUCGAGCAAUAGCAUCCUUUACAAAAGCAAUUGAACUUGAUCCAUAUUUAGCAGUCGCUUAUUUUCAAAGAGGAGUCUCGUAUUUUAUUCAAAACAAGAUGGAAGCAGCUGAAGCAAGCUUCGAUCAGACCUACGAGCGUUUAAGAGGAAACAGUAUCAUCAAUUAUCACCAACUCGGCCUGUCAUUUAAAUUAUAUGCAUGUGAGGCACUUUUCAACCGAGGCAUAUGCAAACUGUAUUUAGGAAAAAUUGAUGCUGGAUUAACUGAUCUGUAUUACGCUCAAAAGGGAAUUCAGAUACCAGAACAUAAUGUCAUUAAACAGGCAGUACGAGAAAGAGGCAAGGGUUACUCUGUCUUUUCUCUUCCACCAUCUGUUCUGUUCAGACCAACAGAAAGUCGAUUACGACAAUUAAAUGGAGGCAUGUUUGCAGCUGUUGAUCAGCUCGGCCUAAAGAAGCCUAUCCCCAGAAACCAUUCGAUCCUCCUCGAUCAAAGACCAUCUUACAAAUACUCAUUUUCAAAGCCACUCUCAUCAUCAUCAUAUGCAUCCCCAACUUCUUCUUUCAACCGUUUCUUUCCACGAAAGAAUGACUCAGGCAUCUAUCAAUCAGACGAUUCGACCGCAUCUUCAACAAGCAGUAGGUAUACCCGUGGCGCAGACAGUGGCUUUGAAUCUUCGACUGAGGACAGGUAUUCUUCCUCGCCCAAGACUUCAUCUAAAUUAGCCUUUGAGUGUCCAUCCAAAGAAGAAGACGAAGGCUAUGGUGAUUUUGAUAAGGAGCUCGAAGAAGUCUAUGGCUCAAUCAAUACCAUGUCGUUGGAACAGGAGACAGAAUGGAACAAACAACAAAGAUGGUCUCCACAAGAGAACCUGUUGCAUCAGCCCUCAGCUUCAACUUCCUCAAACAGUACGGCCGGAAAAUUAAAGAUCAAAGUUCACUACAAGGAUACACGAAUCCUAUUGGUCUCUAAUACCAUCAGUUUUGAGGAACUCAAGCUGAGAGUUCAAGAAAAAUUUAAUGCACCUAGUUCGAUUCUGUUGAAAUACAAAGAUGAAGAAGAUGAACUGGUGUUGCUGAUAGAUGAUGAUGAUUUACAGAUUGCAAGACAAGUCUGCAGACAUUCGAAUACAAAAGGCUAUGACCUUGAGAAACUAGAACUUUGGUGUGUUGACAUUUAAAAUAUUGUUAUUUUUUUAGUCUUUUUUACUUUUUUUGUAAAAUAUUUUUUUAUUUUAAACUUUUUUGUAUAUUUUACUAUAAACAGAGCCACAAUAAAAAUACACCUUUGUUUCAGUGUUCAACAAAAUAGGGCUUAGGGUCAUUCUUUUGCCAUCAAUCAACCCCAAAAAAGUAAAAAAAAGACAGGGCUUCUUUGUUAUUGUUUACAUUUCAGUAAAGGGCUGAAAGCAUUUACUUUGUUCUAUUAUUAAACAUGUACUUGACGUAAAAGGGAUUGUCUCAAAUAAUGAAA